AGGAUGGAGACCCUGUUAAAUGAAUGGUUGUGGCAGGAGGAGUACUGGCUUCCUCCUGGCAUCACCUGGCAGGACAUUGAGAUGAAGGAGGACGAAGGCCACUUUCCUGUACCCAGAGAUCUCAUCUACACCUUGCCACUGGCCUUUGCCUUCAUAGCCUUCAGAUAUGUCUUUGAGAGGAUCAUCGCCAUCCCAUUAAGCAGACAUUUAGGGGUGAAGGACCGGGUUCGGAUUCGAGCUGCUUCUGUCCCAAAACUUGAGACCUUCUACGAACAGAAUAGUCGGCAGCCGUCACAAAAUGAAGUGGUGAGUUUGGGGAAGAAGUGUGGACUCUCUCAGAAAAAGAUCCAGACUUGGUUCAGGCACAGACGAAACCAGGACCGACCCAGCAACACCAAAAAGUUUUGCGAGGCCUCCUGGCGUUUUGUCUUCUACCUUGUCGCCUUCACAGCAGGGCUUGGCUCUUUAAUUGAUACAUCAUGGUUCUGGGAUCACAGAGAGUGCUGGAGGGGUUAUCCCAAACAGCCUGUGGCUGAGGUUCAUCGCUGGUAUUACAUCUUGGAGAUGGGUUUUUAUUUGUCACUGCUUCUGUGUGUCUCAGUGGAUGUCAAGCGAAAAGAUUUCAAGGAACAAGUAAUUCAUCACAUUGCCACCAUCUUCCUCAUUGGUUUCUCCUACUGUUCCAACUAUGUGAGAGUUGGCACACUUGUGAUGCUGUUACAUGACUCGUCUGACAUCCUCCUUGAGUCUGCUAAGAUGCUUCACUAUGCCGAGUGGACGAGGACAUGUGACUCGCUGUUUGUCGUCUUUGCUCUGGUCUUUCUUGUCACAAGGCUGGUGGUGUUUCCUGGCAGAGUGGUCCAUACGACCCUGGUGGUGUCUCUAGAGUUCUUCCAGCCCUUUUUCGGUUAUUACUUCUUCAAUGCUCUGCUGUUAGUUCUGCAAGCGCUGCACAUCUUCUGGGCAUACCUCAUCCUGCGAAUGGUCUACAAGUUCAUGUUCAUGGGCAAGGUGGAGCGUGAUGAGCGCAGUGAUGAGGAGAGUGAGGUAGAUGAGGCAGAGGAGGAGUCUGAGGAAGACAGGGACGAGUGCAGCUGGGAGCAAAGAAAGGGUGCAAUCAACUCCAAACUGGCAUCGUUGGCCAACAACUGUGUCCUAAACAACUUGAAAAACCAGAGGAAUAUAAACAGCAGACUACCCAAAGCCAGAUAG